UCGUUGGGGACGGUCGUGUCUGUGCUCCUCCGCUCUUGUGAUCGUACGCGAACAUUAUAUAACGUUGUGUUUGUUUUGUGAACUCGAACUCAUGUAGUGAAUUGGAAAAGAUCGCACCCUAAUUGAGAUGGACUCUCACAAAAGCAUAAGGACGAUAAGUGACGCGUAAUGUGAUGACAGUAUGAACAGGUGGUUGGCGAUGGUCGCUCUGCUGGUGGCGGUGGGGGCGGUGCGGGGGUACAACUGUGUGUGCAAUCCGCGCGAGUGUGAGGUGCUGGGGCCGAGCGGGUGCCCCGGCUUGGGGAUGGUCGUGUGGGACCCGUGCAGAUGCUGUCAAGUGUGUGCAAGGACUGUCGGAGAACAUUGUGGUGGUUUCCAAGGAACAUGUGAACCGGGACUUAGAUGUAAAAACGGUUUGUGUGCGCCAAUAAAAAAGGGGAAGAACGGUGAAAUGGAAGACGACGAUGACGAAGAUGUAUAGCCGUGUAAUAUAAUGUACAGAAAUGAUAAGACAUAUCUUUAAUUGUUGUAAACAAAGGACCAGUAAUGGCUCAUUUACAUUGUUCGCUUAAUUCAUAAUGCUUGUGUUUAUGAAGCAGUUCGUAAAAUAAAAAUAGUUUGAACUCAGGCUAUAAUGUUUAUACGGUUAUAGUUUGUUAAACAAAUGUACUUUUUAAUUAUUUCAACUAUAACAUUGCGAGAUACUAAUGAAUUAUGUAUGUGUUGUAAAAACGUAAACCAACAAUGUUUUUGUUAAGCCGUUAUUGUGUAUCAGAGGAAAAAACCGCAGUAAUUACUUAUGUAAAUGAAUCAGAAAACGGAAAAUAAAUCAUUGUUGUGCGGCACUAUCAUGACAUGUGGUCUUACUCGUAUUAUAAAAUGCACUUUAUAAGGAUUAAAUUUAUGAUGAACGAUACUUCAAACUUAUACAUUCUGCUUUGAGAAUAGACCCCCUAUAUCUCUAAAAGUGAAGAGGAGGUAGGCUAAAGAUCAAUAUAUUCAAUCGUAAAUCAAUCUGAAACAAAUGCUAAUGCUUUCUCCGAACUACGGGACAAACUAUACCAGUUACCUAUACAACAGUUUAUAUUAUUCACCUAGUACAAUCGUUACAGACAAUUGAGGAUAUUCUGCUACAGAUUCGUAAAAAGAUUAUUUCUAAGCGAGCGCAAAUUUCAUUUUAAUGACCCGUUGGAUGCGAUAAUAUCGUUCAUUUUGUAUGCUCUGUGCCUGCCAUUCACUCUAUGAAAAGGUUCACGGUUAAUUUAUUUCAGUCUUGUGUCAUUUGGAUAAUCUUUAGUAUAAGAGAUCAUUUAGUUGAUUGUGCUUUUUAUUAACACCUCACUAUUGUGUUUUUUAAUGUUUGAAUUGAACAAAGUUCAAAUGGAUAUAAUAAGAUUAAUUUAACGGAAUUGAAUCAACACCAAAAGUGAUUAUUAAGAUUAUUUGUUAACCAUAAUUUUGUUCGCAUCUAUAGACAGAGAUUAACAGAUAAAAGAUAUGCAUAAACGUUUAAAAAUGAUGAUUGAAUGUUAUAAUCUAUAAAAACUAUAUCAAUGCAUGAAUCCUAAAAGUCCUUUCUUUUCAAGGCCUAAAGUUUACAACAACGAAUACGACUCGAUCAAUUCAAUUAUUCUCUGUAACACUACAAACUAAAACAUAAAAAAUAACAAAUACAUAAGUUUGUAUAAACUCUUGAUUUCCAUGUUACUGAGAUGUUAACAUACAAUAACAAGACACAAUAAUUAGCCAACCUGUUCAUAACAGAUUAUUAACAUGUAUUGAGAGAAAAUUAGAUUACGUAAGUGCGUAUAUUGCUUUCUAUUUAUGUUCGUAAUUUUGUAUUUCACAGAAAUGUUAUAAUAAUUAUUAUUGUAUAUAAUAUAAUAUGAUUCCCGAUGAUAAUUGUAUCACGAAAGCUUUGAUAUUUGACGCUCGCUCUGCUGUCAUGUCAAUUUAUCUGGUUAUACUUGAAAAGAUAUUCUUCUACUUCCAUAAAAUUACGUUAUCUCUGAAAAUUUUUCUCGUGAAAAUUUAGAAUUCCCGACACUAUGAGUGAAUAAUGUAUAUUAAACGUAUUUCAAGAACUUUCUAGUUUGUCGCAGACGGUACAUUUUGUAUAAUAUAUAAUAUUGUAACAAAAUAUAAUAUGUAAAAUGAUUUCUGUGUGCUUCCAGAAUAUGUAGAUGUAAGUGUAGUGUAAAUGUACAUUUAUAUAAGUAUACGUGUUGUAAAUAAAACCCGAUUAGCAUUUUUAUCUCUACUGUGUAACGAUUGUAGACAAUGAGAUACAUAUGUUAUUUUCUUGGUGGCAUUUUGAACUUUACUGUUAUUACAAUAGAAAUUAAAUUGUAGCCAUUCAAAAUGAAUAUAAAUAUCAGUUUUGUAAAUAUAUUAGCAUUUUUUGUUUAUUUCUGUAAAAGUAAAUUUUCUUAACGUGCGUAAAAUCAAUAGAUAAUAUAUAAACCUUAUAUCAUAUAGUUUGUAAAUGUAAUAUACCUUGAAGCUACUUGUUAAAUGUGCACUAAUAUUUAUGAAUAAAAAUAAGGGAAAAAUUA